AUGAGAACACCUUCAGAUUUUCCGAAUUAUCAGCAAUCGAGUGUCGUUCUGUCAACGAACGACACUGGCCGAUGUGUGGUCAGUGCUGACAAAGCUAGCCAUUACUGCGGCGACAUCGAAGUGACAGCACCGCCAUUUCCUCCUCCCGAAGCUGGUCAAUGUCAUUUUUCAAGUGAAAGUAGUCGUGAGAUUUGUUGGCCAAGAUAUGAGGACUUGGACACGACCUGCACAGAUGUAGGAAAUGGUAUGGUCUCGGCACCCGCUGUCAAACAUGCUGCUAUUCGUGCUAUGGCAUUCGUACCGCCAGAUAAUCUCCGGCGUCUUGUACGACAGUAUUACCGACAAAAAGGUUUAUCUGUUCCACGAAAUACAACAUUUAGUAAGAAUUCAUUCUUAUUUGCAUUAUAUGAAUGCGAUGACGGAUACGAAUUUGUGGAUGAGGUGAACUCUAUGUUUUGUAUCAACCGUCACUGGGUUAUAACACCACCAAAAUGUCGCGGAAAAGGUAUGUGUGAAAUAGAUAACGGUGGAUGUAGUCAUUCUUGUCUAUCAAUUGAAGACCGAAUAGAAUGUCGCUGUCCACAUGGACUGGUUCUUGGUAGCGAUCAGAAAACUUGCAUCAAACCGAUCCCGAAGAAUUUAUGCCGCAUUCUUAACAGUUGUUCAUGUACCGCUAUUAAUGAAAAUCAGUAUUCAUGCACCUGUCCAAAAGGAGAAAAAUGCUUGCUGCUUCGCGGUCGGCCAAAAAUUUAUAUUGAACCAGCAGCACCGUAUGAAAUAACUCCGGGCGGAAAUUUAAACAUUACAUGCUCAGCAGUUUCACAUCCAUUUCCGCAAAUUUUUUGGCAACGAGGUGAUGAAGCAGUUGAUAUUGCACCUGUUAAACCAGGAACUGUUCGAAGUGAGCAAAUUCUGAUCAUCAAAGAGCUCUACAAAAACACCCAAUUCACUUGUCAUGCCAAUAAUUCACUUGGAAAGACGGAGCGCACAAUCGAAAUUGUUGUCACUGGUCCCGGGUCAGCACCAAUAAUUCGCGGUAUUGAUGCUGGUCGUUCAUCAGUUUCUGUUCGUUGGGAUCCACCAGUAAUUGUGAAUAGACCAGUAACUUCAUAUACAGUUUAUUAUACAAAUAAUGGUAAUCAGCCAAUCAAAAACUGGAAGAAAGUAAAUGUUGAAGAACCAGAUCGUGAGGUAACGAUCAAGGAUCUUCGGCCAAAUACGCAAUACUUUAUCCGCUUACGGGCUAACGAUAAACUAGGCCCAGGACGUCUCUCAAAUCCAAUUUCGCUUAACACACGUAGACCAGCAGUACGCCCACAGCUGUUCAUUCAAGAAGGUGAUACGAUAUACGUCGGACCAUUAAAGAGGUUCAGCAUCAGUUGUAAUGUAACACGCGGAGAUCCAUCACCUAAAAUUGCUUGGUAUACGAGAGCUCGACCAAUCAAUAAAUCGCAGAGGAAAAAAUUUAUAACAAUGGAGCACGGCGGUCUAUAUGAAAGUACAAAUUUCUCAUGUGUUGCUGAAAACGAUGCUGGUCGAACAACAAAAAGAAUACAAGUCAUUGUAACUGGACCGACAUCUCCCGAACGGAUACGAUAUCAAAUUCAUGGCAAUAAUGUUGAUUUGCAGUGGGAACCACCGCGUAUUACAAAUGGACAAUUGAAAGAUUAUGAUGUGUUAUACACAGACAAUCCGAAAUUGUCAGAUGAAUAUUGGGAAGUUGUAAAAACUGGAAAUCCAGAUGUACGUUCUUUGCGGAUAUCGAAUUUGAAAGAAAAAAGAGACUACACGUUCAAAAUACGAGCACACAAUGAAUUGGGUCCCGGCCUUUUCAGCAAUCAGUUUACUCUAACAACUUGGCUUGCAGCUCGUCCGCCAAUUGUAACAAUCACGCCUGCUGAAAAGGUAGUGAAAGAUCCAAGCAAUGAGGAACUCAUUUUUGAGUGUGAAGCGAUUGGUGUGCCGAGACCAAAGAUACUUUGGCUAUGGAGUGGUGGUUUGGUCGAAGAUGGGAAGAAUGAAUUUCGUAUUUAUGAUGUGACACCACCAGACGCGCAAAAUCGAUCUAACAGCAAGCUAAUUGCUGAGAAGACAAAUCGGGCUGGAGUAGCCACAUGUCAAGCUGUCAAUCCUCAUGGUUCGGAUGAAAAACAUACUGAAGUGAAAAUUGUUGGACCUGGAAGUCCACCUCGCGAUAUCUCAACAAUUCCAUUUACAAAUGAUUUUAAAGUCUCUUGGAAUCCACCAAAAUAUCCAAAUGGAAAAAUUAUACGUUAUAUUAUUUACUACACGAAGAAUCCGGAUGACCUAUUGGGAGAUUGGGAAAAAACAGCUGUAAGUGGUGAUCAGCUGGAGGUAACUGUAUCAGCUGAUGAGGAUACCCCAUACAAUGUGCGGGUACAAGCUGUUACUAAGGACGGUCCUGGUAUCAUAUCAGAAGCGUAUGAUGUCACUACUGGCAAGAAACCAGUUCCGCUUUCUGUAAAACUGGUUAUAUUGGAUCCUCAAGUAGAGGACGGUAGUACGGAGACAGUUAUUGAGCCGCUAAAGACAAUUAUAUUUAAGUGUGAUGCAAAAGGAAGACCAGCACCUCAAAUUUCAUACACUUGGCUUCCAUUCAAUGAAACUGAAAGCGGGCAGGAACCAAUAUCAAUCCCAGCUUAUUCUGAUCCACAAGAAGCCCACCGGUACCAUUCAUUGGAUGUGAACACUAACACGGCUACUAAGCGUGCGCUAAUGUGCAAUGCUCGAAAUAUUGAUGGUUCCGAAAGCGACCAGCACAUUUUCAAUGUCCUCAAACCAGGCAGCCCACCAGAAAAUAUUCAAGCAAUCAUUGAUCUGGAUAAUCGUGUCACAAUGUCGUGGCAAGAACCGAAAUAUCCUAAUGGACCUAUUGUAAAAUAUAAAGUGUAUUUGACAUCUGAUCCGAGUGAACCGAUCAAUCACUGGAACAUUUAUGAUGUUGAACCGAGUGAAGAACCACGUCUGGUCUUGGAACGUGGUAAAUUGCAGCCAGAAACACCGUAUUAUAUAAAAGUUGCAGCAGUCGGUGAAAAAGGCGAAGGUUUACAAUCUGAUAUCAUUCUCUUCGAAACAGUCAGUGGAGCACCAAUCGAUGAACCUAAGGAUGUACUAGCAACAGUGGAACGGGAUAAUACUAUGGAUAUAUCUUGGACAGGACCAAGUGUUCCUAACGGUCCCAUUCAGGCUUAUACGGUCUACUUCACUCCGUUGGAUCAGUAUCAAACAUCUGAUGAUGCAUACAAACAGUGGGAUAAAAUUGUUGUUCAAAGUAGCGAAAAUUUUGGAACCUUACGCUUGAACAAAGAUAUAUAUGAUAUUCUGCCCAAUAAAUUAUACCGAAUUCGGGUAUCUGCAACUAAUGAUCUGUCAGAGGGUCCGGCAAGUGAACCUAUAACAAUCAGAACCGAAAGUGGAGAAACACCUCCGGUAAUACAUCUGGAACCGAUUGAUAAUCCGCUUACCGUAGCACCGUAUGGUUCGAUAUCUGUGCGAUGCACUGCAACAGGAAUACCGCCACCUAUCAUCAUGUGGAUUAUUGGUACAAAUGCUAGUGAUGUCAUACGAGGACCAAUUCUUCAGUUAACCAAUCUCCGAAAAGAUGAAACUGUAACUUGUAAGGCUGAAAAUAAUGCUGGACAAGCUCAGGAAGUGUUGCAAAUACUUGUAGCCGGACCUGGAACUCCACCAAAUGAGAUUGUCGCUUUUCCUCUAGAAAAUCAACAAGCAAGCAUAGAAUGGACAACGCCUGACAGUCCGAACGGGAGAAUUACGGAUUACAUUAUUCAUUACGGAGAAGUUUUUGAUGGAGAAGCUCUUCCACGUGCCUGGGAAACUGUACAUGUGUCGGCUGAGGAACCCCAAAAGCACCGUCUUGUUGGAUUAAAACCAAAAACUAGUUAUGCGAUUCGAUUGCAAGCGAUGAGUGAUCGUGGACCGGGUGUUUUAUCUGAUCCGAUCAAAAUAACAACGCUACCAUUAGCGCCUGCUAUUGUUCAACUAUCUGAUAUAAAAGUCCAUGAAAAUAAUACGGUCGCUAUCCAGUUUGAUGCACCAAGAGAUCCCGAAGAUCCAGGAAAACCCAUCAAGGAAUUUCUUAUUCAUUACACGGAUGAUGAUCCAUUGAGUGAAGAUGCAGAAUGGAAAGAAAUGUUUUGGACGGAACCAGAUGAUGAUUUUUCAGUUAGCAUUCCUAUCGGCGGCGAGCAUUUCAAGCCUGACACCAAGUAUUCAAUAAAAUUAAUAGCUCGCGGUGAAAUCGAUAGCCCACCGUCGGAACCGAUUGUUUUUCAGACCGGAGAUGGAAUUGUACCACCGGAGAAACCACAAAUCAAUGUUGAUGCACCAGAUGACGUGAUACGUGUACCAGCUGGUAGCGAUUAUACUGUUGGCUGUUCAUCAGUCGGAUUUCCUAUUCCAAGAAUUUUCUGGGUUAAUAAGAAUGAGCAGCCUCUCAGUGAUGGACCGAUGCUAAGAUUGCAAGAUGUGAAGGAGACCGUAAAAGCAAAAUGUGUUGCGGAAAAUGAAGGUGGACGAACUGAAACGCCUUUUGAAAUUUUUGUUACUGGUCCUGGGAAUGCUCCAAGUAACAUUCGCUUGAAUUCAGUAAGACCACGUACAAUUCAUAUUGAUUGGGAUCCGCCAACCAUACCCAAUGGAAACAUUACUCGUUAUAUUAUUUAUUAUACUCCAUUGGAUGAUCAGAAUAUAGUUUAUCAAAUGGGACAAAUCCCGAAAAAACCAAUAACUGAAUGGAUGACGUCCCAUAAAGAUAGCGAGCCACUAAUUGGCGUGUCACAAAGAGCCGACCUAAUAGAUUUUGUUGAACCUGAUACUGCUUAUGCUGUAGUACUACAAGCUGUCAAUCAGGAUGGACCUGGGCCGUAUUCUGAACAGCAUACCAUCCGAACGAUGUCACGAGCUCGAGAGGGUCCACCACUUGAUCUAAAGGUUGAACCUGAAGGUCAGCGAUCGGCAAAUGUUGAAUGGCACAGGCCAAUUACUAGCGAACAGUUACCAAUUGGCUAUGAAUUAUAUUACAUUAAAGCAGACGCUAAAAUCUGGGAAGACGAUUUAGCUAGCAUCGAUGACUGGAGCAUGAUAUCAAUAACAGAAAAAGAUGAAGAUAGAUUGUACUAUAAGAUUGAUGGAUCGCUUGAACCAGACACAGAGUACGUGUUUCGGAUGCGUGCUGUUUAUCCAGAUGGGCCGGGAGUAUUCUCCGAUGCUUGUAUUACCAAAACACUACCAGACGGUAAUGCCCCGUAUAUUCUCAUUUCGAACGGUGACCACGGAGUAGAAGGUAAAACAGAAAUAACGAUCCUUCCGGGUUCAGCACUCGACCUCUCAUGUAAUGCAACAGGACAGCCUCGUCCAGCAGUUAAAUGGAUCCGCUCCGGAUAUUACCCUAUUGAUCCUGCUUGGGUAAAAGCAGACGAGAAAUACGCUAUAUGGUUUCUGAAAGUAUCUAAUAUUACCGAAGAUACGUCAUUCAAUUGUGUUGCCCAAAGUCCGCUUGGUUUUGCCAAUUGGACCAUUAGUGUUCGUCUUGUUUCAGAUCUUCGACCAACUUGGAAAAAUGAUUUCUUAGUUGCGAAGAAUGAGGACGGUGAAGUGGCAGUACACUUUACAAACGAUCUACCGGAUUAUCUUAAGGGAUCGCAAAACCCUUGGAAUAUCUACUGGACUGACAAUCCAUCAAAACCUUUCGAAACUUGGAAUUUAAUUCCAUCUAACGGGCGUCCCUUAGAUCGUAUAGCUAUCCCAGAAAUGGAACCUGGUGCUAAGUAUCACUUGGUGAUCGAGCAGCCAUCUGCUGGGAUCAAAACACCGGUCUUCGACAUCAUGACUCCAAAGGCAGCUAGCGACAUACGCGUUGGAACUGAUAUUAACGGCGAAACAGUGCUAGAUUUCAAGCCAGCACUUGCUACGGAACCUAUCAAGAAAUACAUUAUCAAAUACUGGCCGGAUAGCAAUCCAUCGGCUGUGAUGUACAUGGAAACACCAGUCAAUGUUACCGAUAAGAUUGUGCUAGAUGGCUUGCAGCCUGAAAUUGACUAUAAUUUUAUGGUUACUGCAAAGUUUGACGACGGCGACAAUCUUGCAAGUGAACCAACUAAAAUACGUACACCUUCCGAAGAUAUCCAGUGCCACUGUGCACAUGCCUGCAUGUUUGAAGAAGAUGAGGAAGGAAUGAUAAUAGCAUCAUGCUAUUGUCAUAAUGGUUUUAAACUUGCUGAUGAUAAGAAAUCAUGUGAACCUAUAGAAGAAGAUGAGGAAGGGAGCAUUGUGCAGGUUACUCCACCAACACUGAUUCCUGAAUCUGAGCAUCCGAAGGAACUGACCACCAUGCCAACUCUUUUUAAUGAUUUAUUAUCAAAGUCGGAGAAAUUUGAUAAGGAGAUGGAAAUUUUGGAACCAAAGGAGCUUGCAAAAAUCAAGCCGUCACAAACCGAUGAAUUCGGACGAACUAUUUGGCAGGAUGAACAACUGGUAACUACGAGUAGAGAAUCGGUUAGUGAUGGUUUUUCCCUAGUAUCAACCGAUUCUAGUCAGCAAGAUCGUGUUUUGUCGCCAGUUGUUGGCUUUGAUGGUGCGCCCUUGCCUACGGAUGAAUACGGUCGCGCAGUGGAUAAUCUCAGAAAUCCAAUUAUCUGGGACAAUGAAGGCCGCCCGAUAGGCCCAAAUGGUAUUCCUUUACGUCGCAACUACAAAGGAGAAUACAUAUAUCCAGUUAUUGGAAAAAAUGGACAGCCGUUGCCCACUGACAUUAACAUGAAACCCAUUUAUCCCAUAGUUGGACCAGAUAAUAAGCCGUUUCGGAAAAACCAGGAAGGUAUGCAUAUCGAUCAGUAUGGUCAAAUAAUCCCAACAGAUACCUCUGGACGUCCAAUUAGUGUUGAUGGGUCACCUUAUCCAACUGACGAAUACGGUCGAUACAUUGUGGAUUCGGAAAACGUCAUUCAACAAGUUGUACCAACGGAUGAACUUGGACGUGUUAUCUAUCCUGUUUUUUAUCCAGAUGGAAUAUUGCUAGCAACAGUAGACGAUGGUCGAUUUGUUAACGAACAUGGACACCUCAUUCCAACCAAUGAUGCCGGAUUGCCAGUUAAUGAAAAAGACGAAGUGUUACCGAAGGAUUCUGAAGGGAAUUUUGUUUAUGUAGGCAAUUACAUUUUACCGACUGAUUCUAAUGGACAACCUGUAAAGGUACAAUAUAAUGGGAGGUUUCUUAAGAGCGACAAAAUGGGACACAUUAUUGGUCCUAGUGGGCAGUUAGUGGUAGUCAAUGAUUACGGAUAUCCAAUCGACGAGUCUAACACUGUGUUUUCAACUACUUCUGAUGGCAUAUUUGUAUUACCAGUAACUGAUGGAAAGGGUAUGGUAGUUCCAGGAACGGAACAAAAAAAAGGAGUAAAACGACCUCUUAAUAUUGUCGGACCUAAUGGCCAUUUGCUACCGACUAUGGAAGAUGGUACUGUUUUAGAUCCUUUUGGAAAGACCAUACCAACGAAUAAUAUUGGGGAACCAGUAAAUUAUCGUAAUGAACCGUUACCAACUAAUAGUGAAGGACAGGCUAUUUAUCCAAAGGAUGGUUUGGACUGCCCACUACCUCCAACAGACCGACAUGGAAGACCAGUUUAUUCAGUGGUCGGACCAGAUGGUAGGCUACUUCCUCGAAAACAUGACGGGGCUGCAAUUGAUCCAGAUGGCAACCUACUUCCAACUAAUGCAGCUGGAGUACCUGUCGACAGAAAAGGACGGCCUCUACCCAGCGAUAGGAAUGGUUCUAUCAUUUAUCCAGCCAGAGGAAUCAGUAUUGAGCCCCUUCCAACAGAUUCUAAUGGAAAACCGGUAUACCCAGUAAUUGGACUUGACGGAAGAUUAUUACCGACAAAUAAAGACGCUAGAGUGAUUGAUGAGGAUGGUAGGCCUCUGCCAACAAAUGCUGCUGGCGUUCCGGUCAAUGAACAAGGCGAACCACUUCCAUUCGAUCAAAAUGGUUACAUUAGAUAUCCGGCAGUAGAAAGACAGGGAAAAUCUGCAUAUAUCAUUAUCGGGACAGAUGGAGAACCAUUACCAAGAAAUGGAGAUGGAUUAAUUAUUGGUCCAGAUAAUAAGCCAGUGCCAACUGACGCUUCUGGAUACCCAGUGGAUCAUCGUGGAAGACCUUUACCUCAAGACAGAAGUGGUAAUAUCAUUUAUCCUGCCAAUGGUAUAGAUGCUGAACCGAUGCCAACUGACCGAAAUGGUAGACCAAUGUACUUGGUUAUAGGACCGGAUGGCCAGUUGCUUCCGAAAGAUAGUAAUGACGUUGUAAUAGAUAUUGACGGACGACCCAUUCCGACGAAUGCUGCAGGAGUUCCAUUGGACCACUAUGGGAAACCACUAUCCGUUGAUCGGAAUGGUUAUGUUUUCUACCCGAAGGAAAGUUACGAAUCUGUUAGAGCCGAUGUACCGGUAUACGCUAUUUUAGGACCUGAUGGAGUUCUAUUGAAGCAGAAUGCUGAUGGCGCAAUUGUGGAUCCAUAUGGUAGGCCAAUUCCAACAGAUUCCAAUGGAUACCCCAUUGAUAAUUAUGGAAAACCUCUACUGCGAGAUCACAUGGGUAAUUUUAUAUAUCCAGCAGGAGAUUUGGACGUAGGAUCUGCACCAACUGAUGCAAGUAAACGACCACAAUACUUCGUAAUCGGUCCGAAUGGUGAAGUACUACCAAGAGGUUAUAGUGGAGAGAUACUAGAUCCGUAUGGCACACCAAUCCCUACAAAUGCUGUUGGUAUUCCAAUAAACAAUCAAGGAGAACCAUUGCCAAGAGAUAGACAAGGCAAUUUUAUAUAUCCGGCAACUGGUUUGGAUGUCAAAUUAUUGCCUACAGACAGAUCUGGAAAAAUUGUCUAUCCUAUUGCCGAUUCUCAUGGUGAAUUUUUACCAACAAAUGAAGAUGGAGCAUUCGUUGAUAGUGAUGGAUCCCCAAUACCAACCAAUAGGUUUGGCUUACCUGUUGAUGAACAUGGGAAAUCUUUGCCGAAAGAUGUCAAAGGAAAUUUCAUUUUUGGUACUCCGAUAAAGCCUACUGAUCACAGCGGAUUACCAGUAUAUCCGGUUAUCGGUCCAGACGGAAGGUUGUUACCUCAGGAUAAGGAUGGUAAUGUUGUUGAUCCUGCCGGACGUCCGAUUCCUACCAACGAUGAUGGUGUCCCAGUAGAUAAUAAAGGACGUCCUUUGCCAAGUGAUAAAACUGGAGUUGUUAUAUUUCCUGCAAAUGGUUUGGAUGCUGAACCUAUGCCUACAGACAAAAGUGGAAAACCAGUUUAUUCAGUUAUUGGACCUGAUGGUCAUCCGUUACCGAUAACUGCUGAUCACAAUAUUAUUGGUCCUGAUGGAAAUAUUGUGCCUGUGAAUGCUGCUGGUGUACCAACCAAUCAUCGUGGUGAACCAUUGCCAAGAGAUAGACAAGGCAAUUUUAUAUAUCCGGCAACUGGUUUGGAUGUCAAAUUAUUGCCUACAGACAGAUCUGGAAAAAUUGUCUAUCCUAUUGUCGAUUCUCAUGGUGAACCUUUGCCUACUAAUGAAAAUGGAGCAUUCGUUAAUAAUGAUGGAUCUCCGAUACCAACCAAUAGGUUUGGCUUACCUGUUGAUGAACAUGGGAAAUCUUUGCCGAAAGAUGUCAAAGGAAAUUUCAUUUUUGGCACUCCGACAAAGCCUACUGAUCAUAGAGGAUUACCACUAUAUCCGAUUAUUGGACCCAACGGUGAAUUACUAUCGACCGAGGAAUCAGGCAAUGUGAUUGGGCCUGAUGGACAUGCAAUUCCUGUCGACAAUGAGGGUAGACCGAUCAACAAUCGUGGUGAAACGCUACCUUCUGAUCGUUUUGGAAAUUUUAUAUAUCCGUUGGGAGGUCUCGAUGCCGAAUUGCUUCCCACCGAUAGUAAUGGACUACCUAUUUAUCGAGUGAUAGACUCUGAUGGACAAAUGUUACCUACAAAUGACAGAGGAUUAUCGAUCAAUGGUCAAGGGAAAUCUUUGCCGACCAAUGCGGCAGGAGUUCCAGUUGACGAUCACGGAAAACCAUUGCCUAUUGAUUCUAACGGCAAUUUAAUAUAUAAGAAAGAUGCCCAGAAGUCCUUGUCUACUGACGAAGGGAUCUAUCCUGUAAUUGGACCUGAUGAAGAGCUGUUACCAGCUGACAAAAUUGGUGUUGUUGACGGUCAACCGAGUCCAGCAGAUGAAAGUGGAGUUUUAAAUGGUAUUGGUCGACCACUAUCGGAGGAUUUCAACAGCGAAGUAAUUCGAACUAGAUCAGAUAUUGAAUCAUUUCCAACGGAUUCAAAUGGUCGGCCAGUAUAUCCAGUAGUUGGACCAGGCCAAAAACUUUUACCAACAAAUGAAGAUGGAGCAUUCGUUGAUAGUAAUGGAUCCCCAAUACCAACCAAUAGGUUUGGCUUACCUGUUGAUGAACAUGGGAAUUUUCUGCCUAUAGAUAUCAAAGGAAAUUUCAUUUUUGGUACUCCGAUAAAGCCUACUGAUCACAGCGGAUUACCAGUAUAUCCGGUUAUCGGUCCAGACGGAAGGUUGUUACCUCAGGAUAAGGAUGGUAAUGUUGUUGAUCCUGCCGGACGUCCGAUUCCUACCAACGAUGAUGGUGUCCCAGUAGAUAAUAAAGGACGUCCUUUGCCAAGUGAUAAAACUGGAGUUGUUAUAUUUCCUGCAAAUGGUUUGGAUGCUGAACCUAUGCCUACAGACAAAAGUGGAAAACCAGUUUAUUCAGUUAUUGGACCUGAUGGUCAUCCGUUACCGACAACUGCUGAUCACAAUAUUAUUGGUCCUGAUGGAAAUAUUGUGCCUGUGAAUGCUGCUGGUGUACCAACCAAUCAUCGUGGUGAACCAUUGCCAAGAGAUAGACAAGGCAAUUUUAUAUAUCCGGCAACUGGUUUGGAUGUCAAAUUAUUGCCUACAGACAGAUCUGGAAAAAUUGUCUAUCCUAUUGUCGAUUCUCAUGGUGAAUUUUUACCAACAAAUGAAGAUGGAGCAUUCGUUGAUAGUGAUGGAUCCCCAAUACCAACCAAUAGGUUUGGCUUACCUGUUGAUGAACAUGGGAAAUCUUUGCCGAAAGAUGUCAAAGGAAAUUUCAUUUUUGGUACUCCGAUAAAGCCUACUGAUCACAGCGGAUUACCAGUAUAUCCGGUUAUCGGUCCAGACGGAAGGUUGUUACCUCAGGAUAAGGAUGGUAAUGUUGUUGAUCCUGCCGGACGUCCGAUUCCUACCAACGAUGAUGGUGUCCCAGUAGAUAAUAAAGGACGUCCUUUGCCAAGUGAUAAAACUGGAGUUGUUAUAUUUCCUGCAAAUGGUUUGGAUGCUGAACCUAUGCCUACAGACAAAAGUGGAAAACCAGUUUAUUCAGUUAUUGGACCUGAUGGUCAUCCGUUACCGAUAACUGCUGAUCACAAUAUUAUUGGUCCUGAUGGAAAUAUUGUGCCUGUGAAUGCUGCUGGUGUACCAACCAAUCAUCGUGGUGAACCAUUGCCAAGAGAUAGACAAGGCAAUUUUAUAUAUCCGGCAACUGGUUUGGAUGUCAAAUUAUUGCCUACAGACAGAUCUGGAAAAAUUGUCUAUCCUAUUGUCGAUUCUCAUGGUGAACCUUUGCCUACUAAUGAAAAUGGAGCAUUCGUUAAUAAUGAUGGAUCUCCGAUACCAACCAAUAGGUUUGGCUUACCUGUUGAUGAACAUGGGAAAUCUUUGCCGAAAGAUGUCAAAGGAAAUUUCAUUUUUGGCACUCCGACAAAGCCUACUGAUCAUAGAGGAUUACCACUAUAUCCGAUUAUUGGACCCAACGGUGAAUUACUAUCGACCGAGGAAUCAGGCAAUGUGAUUGGGCCUGAUGGACAUGCAAUUCCUGCCGACAAUGAGGGUAGACCGAUCAACAAUCGUGGUGAAACGCUACCUUCUGAUCGUUUUGGAAAUUUUAUAUAUCCGUUGGGAGGUCUCGAUGCCGAAUUGCUUCCCACCGAUAGUAAUGGACUACCUAUUUAUCGAGUGAUAGACUCUGAUGGACAAAUGUUACCUACAAAUGACAGAGGAUUAUCGAUCAAUGGUCAAGGGAAAUCUUUGCCGACCAAUGCGGCAGGAGUUCCAGUUGACGAUCACGGAAAACCAUUGCCUAUUGAUUCUAACGGCAAUUUAAUAUAUAAGAAAGAUGCCCAGAAGUCCUUGUCUAUUGACGAAGGGAUCUAUCCUGUAAUUGGACCUGAUGAAGAGCUGUUACCAGCUGACAAAAUUGGUGUUGUUGACGGUCAACCGAGUCCAGCAGUUGAAAGUCCAGUACCAGUUUAUCCGGUGAUUGGUCCUAACGGAGAAUUAUUGCCAACUGCGGAGGGUGGUCUGGUCAUCGGUUUAGAUGGUAGCCCGCUAUCAACAAAUGCUGCUGGAAAACCUGUUGGACCAGAUGCAUCAUUGCUGCCUACUGAUGAAGUAGGUCGAGUCAUACAUCUGCCUCCUGAGGAACCGUUGUCGACAUUUGCAACCAAUGAGUAUGGUCAUAUCGUUUAUCCGAUUGUAGAUAUGGCUGGUAAACCUUUGGAUAAAGAUGAUACUGGCGCGCACAUAACCAAAAAUGGUAUCCCAGUAGAACUAAAUGAGAAUUAUCUUCCCGUUGACCCCGAUGGCAAUAUUCUACCAACAGAUUCGCAAGGAAAUUACAUUUUUCCUGAUCUGGAUGUUAUGGGAAGAAUACUGCCUACGGAUAAGACCAGUCAAACAUUAUAUCCACUAACUGGUCGAAAUGGACAACUUGAUACAGAUUCAAAUGGUGCUACUCCUCGACCGGAUGGUGAGCUCGGAAAACCAGUAAGACCAGAUGGUAAACCUCUUCCAACAGAUGAAGAAGGACUCUUUAUCCAUACUGAAGUUUUUGGAACUCAUCCUACGAAAAAGGUUGUUAAUAUCGAAGGUAGACCAUUACCUACUGACGAACUUGGUCGCUAUCUGCUAGCACCGAACCUCCCUGUUCGACAGGACGAUUCUGGCAGAUUGAUCGGACCAGAUGGUCAGCCACUUCCCACUGACGAUUCUGGUAACUAUGUCUAUCGAGAGAAAAUGAAAUACCCGAGUGGUGCAGAAGAUGAUUUCGGGCAUCCAUUACCAACCAAUGAGGACGGUUUUUAUGUGCGAAGGAAUGAUUCAAUGAUUACAACAGAAUCAGUAGGUCUAAUGAUGGAUGGACAAGGUGUAAUAUUGCCUACUGACGAACGUGGCAUCUUAAUUGCUCCAGAACUUCCGACACAAACAAAAUCAUACCAGGUUUUAGAUGAACAAAAUCAAAUACUACCAACUGAUGAGGCUGGUAAUUUCUUAUAUCAUAAUGGAUAUCCGAUUGCUGAAAAUGAAGAAGGAAAACCAAUAUCUCCAGAUGGAAUAGUAUUACCUACCACUGACACAGGUUAUUACGUUUUUGCUACUACACGACAGAAACCAAUGAUACCGUCACAAAAAGGUACCGAUCAUUAUCCCCUACCAACUGACCAAUUUGGAAUGUCAAUGAGUAGCGUGCAAAGUAUUUAUGGAAUGGACGGCGAAUUGUUACCAACUGACCGUCAACUAAUUAAUGAAGAAGGAGAAGAGGCGCGGCUAGGUGAAAAGGUCCGAUUUUCAGAGCCAGCUGGAGGGAUUCUUUCAACAGAUGAAUAUGGUAAAUAUAUUUAUCCGGCAUUAAAGCCAAAUGGAAAGCUAUAUCCAACAGAUCGAGGAUAUCGUCCAGUUUAUCCGGUUAUUGGAUAUGAUGGCGAACUUUUGCCGACAAACGACGAAGGAUUAGCACUUAAUUUUGAAGGACAUCCAAUCCCGACUAAUAAUAUUGGGCGACCGUUGGAUGAAGACGGUAUAAUGUUGCCAAUGGAUUCUAAAGGAAAUGUUGUUUAUGACACUGGCAAAAAAAAUUGUGAUACGCAUAGGGGCAUUAUGGAUAUUACGGUAGUAAUUAACGUGGAAAUCCUGGAUCGUGAUAGUUUCGAUCAUGUCAAGAAAGUAAUUCAGAAUUUAGUGAUUGAACACUUCGAUCUUUCGCCGGAUGUAACACAGUUUGCGUUAGUCAAAUACGCUGGAACUGCUGAGGUACCAAUUACUUUGGGUGGUUAUAACGAAAAAAUGGAAUUACUGGAAGAGUUAAGUCGAGUCAAAAUUGAUCAUAUCAAAGAGCAUCCCAGACUGAUUGUGGGAGUGAGUGCUGCCAAACAACAGUUCGCAUCGUUUGGUCGCGAAGAUGCUGGUAAGCUGAUGAUAGUGAUAACUAAUGGACAAGACAUAUAUUCGGAGGAUCGCUUUAAAGACAACAUUAUUCCAAUGCUUGUUGUUGGCAGUAAAGAAUUUGAAGAAGAAAUUAAAGACUGGACUAAAUCAUACAUUUUGGUAGAUUCUUGGAAACAACUGCAUGCUGAUUCUAUUGCUAACAUGAUCGAAAAGGAAUGCUUGCUCGGAAGAAUUUUCAUUCCAACAAAAAAAGUAUCCUCAAGACCAAAAUCUGAGAGAUUCGAAGAUUUUACUGGUUCAUCACUUACAACUGAUGAAUUCGGUCGUAUUGUGGUACUACCAACAAGUGAACGAGUGAUCCUAUCUACCGAUGAAUAUGGUCACGUCGCAUAUUCUAUAAAGGAUACUUCUGGUAGACUUCUUCCCAUAAAUGGAAAUGGUUUAGUGAUGGAUAGAGAGCUAGUCGAAUCCGAUUAUAGUAAACCAAUUGCUUCAAAUAGAAGGCAAUUGCCAACAGAUGAAUCUGAAGCACAUAUUUAUUCCGCUGGUGGCAAAGACAAAGCUUUAUCUCCUGAUAGCAAAAAAGGAUGGGAUACAAGUAUUGAUGAGAAACCACUGUCUACUAAUCAAGAUGGUUUAUCUUUGGACAUCAAUGGGCAGUCGAUAGUCACAAAUUUAGCUGGAAAAUACAGUAGCCAAGGAUCGCCGUAUUCAUUUAACGGCAAUGACAACAUCAUCAUGUCAAAAAGGACAGAAAAAAUAACAGAUGCAACUGAUUAUCCAGUUAUCGAUCCGGAUAAUAUCUUAUUGUCGAGGGAUCCCUCAGACUUUUACAUAAACAAUAUUGAACGGGUAGUUGAACGUGAUGAUAGUGGGAAACAUCUUGGGUCUGUUGAGAACAUGAUGCCUAGUGAUGCAGGAGGAUUCACUUACAGAAAACAUAGUCAGGGUGGUAAGCUUCCACGCAGUGAUUCAAAUAUUUCAACCGCCAAAAACGAUGGUUCUAUUGUUGAUACCAGUUUCCACAAAAGACUACCUUACACUCUAAGUAAUAAUAAAAUGUCAGAUGAACACAGUCAAGUCUCUUCCGAAGAACCAGAGGCUAUUGCUGAAACUAGAAAUUUUAUCAAUAAUCAAAAUAGUCCGUUACCAAUCGAAGUAGAUCAGGCCGGGAAGCCAGUUGUUAAAGUAGAACCUUUGCCUACUAAUAAAUAUGGCGAUUCAAUAUAUGCAGGUGGUAGUAUGGUAUCUACAAGUGUUUCGGAACAAGCCAUUGGUCCAGACGAUUCCUUGAUGCCAGUUGAUUAUCGUGGACGCGACGUAUCUGAUUACAUACCAGAUAGAACUGGUUUAGGGGAAACGAAACUUUUGGCAAAAGUCUCAACAUGUAAUAAAGUUGAAAAAUCUGUAAACAUCAUUUUUAUGGUGGAAUCUUCAAAUGCUACAGGGACCAAUCUCAAUAAAAUUAAAUUUUCAUUGUUAAAUUUUAUUAAAAAGAAUAUUAAUUGGAACAUUGCUAAAGUCGGUAUAGUUUCUUACGGAAGUACAAUGAACGUUAAUCUGAAAGUUGGAAAUUAUCAAAGCUAUGAUGAUUUGAAAAAAUCCAUUCUUAGUUUGUCACUUAUUGGUGGUUCAUCAUCUGGUGAUGAACAUGCAUUCAGAACUGCUCUUCAGCUCUUCCGUGAAAAAUAUAACAAUGAUAGUGAAGAACUAAUCAUGCAUGUCUUUAAGACUCCACUCAGUAAAGAUGCUCAAAUAAUUGCUGAUCAUUUGAAAAUGAAUGAAACUAUUUCAAUCUUAUCACUUGGAUCAGAUCAAUGGUACCGAUUGGAGAAUGACAAAGAAAUCAAGAAAUUACGAAGCGAUAUGUGUUUACUGUUAAUGAAAAGUCAUCUCGCACGAACCAGGAAGCCUAGUGAUUCGGAUGGUGGAACAGUUCGCUCUGAUCGAUUUGGAAGACCAUUGGAUACUUAUGCAUUAUCCUUGCCAACUGAUAAACGAGAAGGCGUGGAAGUUUUGCCAACCAACGAAAGAGGCCAUUAUGCGAAACAGAUAAAAACAGUAAAUGAGGAUAAAACAAUUGCCCCAGAUGGUAAAAUCAUAUCAGCAGAUGGAGGAAAGCAGCAUAUUUAUCAGACAUUUGCUUCUGAAAAUAGACAUCGAUCAACCAAUAGUCAUAGAAAGCUUAUUUACCAAAUAUUUGGUGAUGACAGAAGGAUUCUUCCAACAGAUCAAACUGAUGCACGUUUCAAAGUGGAUGGUAAAUCAGGAGCAACUAAUUUUUAUGGAGAACCACUGAAUAGCGAGCGAAGCUCAAUUUUUUCAACUGAUACGAGUGAGGGUUAUCAUAUUUCAACCAAAAAACUGACCGAAAAUAAAAGAAAUAGCAGUCUCUUGUAUCCAGCAACGGAUUCAAAUUUGAAGACUAUUGCGGACACGUUCGUAUCUGCAACUUCUGUUUCCUUGCCAUUCUUGAUCUUGUUCCCAGAUGGUCGUCCAUUAUCUAUCGGUGAAAAUGGUGCUUAUCUUGACGACAACGGACAGAGUUUGGUCCAUAUCGAUCAAAGUGGCCAUCCUAUAAUAUCAGCUAACGGCACACCACUGCAGAAAAUUGGUAAUGGCAAAUAUCUCUAUCCAUAUGAAUCCCAAAAAGAAAAACCAACCUUUGCUAAUGUUGGUGAUGAGGAUCAUCUGUUGCGAACAGAUUCUGGUGGUCGUCAAAUACAAUUAAAUGAUAGAGAACGAUCUAUUAAUGGCUAUGGUAGAUCAUCUCCGGAGGAUGAACGUGGGAGCUAUGUGGGAACGACAUUAGCAUAUCAUGCGUCAACAUCUUCCGGAAUCGACACUUGGACCAGUCCAUCAUCAUAUUGUGUGGUCAGUUCAAAUGUUGACAUGUUACUUAUUCUGGAUUCAUCGAGUAGUGUAAGAGUUGUUGAUUAUCGAAUUAUGAAGGAUUUUAUCAAAAAGUUUCUAACUAAUCAUUUCAACUUACAACGCAAUUAUGUUCGUGUCGGUGUAAUGAAAUACGGUGAUAAGGUUGAGAUCCCGAUAUCACUGGGUGACUACAAUAGUCAAACUGAGCUCCUAUCAAGGAUUAGUGAAACCAGGCGUAUGCGUGGUAAUGCUAAUCUUGGUCAGGCUUUACUCGACGCUUCUGGAGAAUUUCUAAUUUUCGGUUCCAAGGAUAUUCCUCGCAUCAUCAUUAUAUUUUCAAACGGGCGGUCUAGAGGUGAAUUAAAAGAAAAUGCUCUUCUAUUACGGAAUGAUACAAAAGUUCAUAUAUUCUUAGUGGAUGUUGGGAAUCAGGGUGACAAGGCACAAAAUCUAGCCAUUGUUGGUGAAUCCAAUCCACAUCGGAUUAUUGCUAUUGAUGGAUGGCAUGGAAUGCGUCCAGACAUUCUGAAUCCUUUUGUGAAUGAAUUAUGCAAGCUACUGCCACAAAAGCAAGAUAAAGCAAGUGGAGAUAGUACUUGGCCAACAAGACAAACUGAAAUGCGAAUUGCAACUCCUAUGCGUAUUUGCAGUCGGGUUGAUUUUCAGGCAGAUAUAAUAUUUGUCCUGGAUUCCUCCGACAGUGUUACAUCAAAAGAAUACGUUAACUUGAAAGAAGAUAUAAGUAUGUUGAUUGACGACAUAUUCGAUUUAUCACCAGAUAUUGUUCGCAUUGGCUUCAUCGAAUAUAGUGAUAAGGCGUCAGUUCCCGUACCACUUGGUUAUUAUGAUAAUAAAGUGCAACUUUUGGCAGAUAUAUCAAAUAGUGAACAGCUUGGUGGUACACCAGUCAUUGUAAGAGGUCUUCACGCUGCUAAAGAACAGUUCAAGCGACAUGGCCGGAAUGGUGUUUCAAGAAUUUUACUUUUGGUAACGAGUGGUGCUAACCGUGGUAAUGUAGCUACCGCAGCAGACGAUCUUCGUAAGCGUCUGAAAGUGAGUGUCUUUGCGCUGGUCGUAAAUACAUCUCGGGGAGCCCAAAUGAUGCUGAAUCGUUUGACGGGGGAUGAACACACUCAUCGACGAGUAAUAUCAAUUUCUAGCGCAAGUAAAUUACAAGAACGAGAGUUGCUACAUAUUGGACAAAUACUCUGCGGUGAUAGUGAUGUAAUCCCUGCUACCAUUUGGCCAGCGCAGGAGACUCCACAUCGAACUACAAAACGUGAUGUUUCUUAUGGUGAAUCAAAGCGCAAGAAAGAUAAAAUAUCUCGUUCGUCACUGCUGUAUUGGAAAACAACAACCGCAACCGAACAUGUUGCUCCCAAACCACUUUGCAAGGAUGGUUUGUUACGCCCAUAUCAAAUUUCAAUCGUGGUUGACAACACCGCCAGAUCGCCUGAGAAAGAUUUCCGCCUAGUAUUGAAUCAUAUUGUUAGCUUUUUGAAAAUGCGGUUUUCACCAGAAAGCAAACUUGUGCAAUUAAAUUUGGUAGGCGUUGGUAGUGAUGGCACCAAUUUAAAGGCAGCAGAUUUUGGCGUUGAUGUGGCGGAUAAAAUUUUCGCCAAACUGAUACAAAAAAAAAGUGAUGAAAUUUCUCCCAAACUUGGUCGAGGUCUUGAUGAAGCAAUGUUGUUAGCCAAGGAGCACGCUGUGAAAGGAGUCAUUCAGAUAAUUCUGAUCAUUAGUGCUGAUGGGACAAGCAGUGAUGACGCAAUACAAUCAGCGCAAAAUGCAAGAGAACAGUAUGUAGAUGGCAUUGUUGCAAUCUCGAUAAGGGCUCCGUCUAGCGAACUCUUGAAGGAAUUAUCAUUGGGAAGUUCUACCAAUUAUGUUUCUACAUCAAUAACAAGGAAGAUUAAAUUAACACGCAUGACUCGACCACCAAUUCGAAAGACAUCAAAAAUAUCAAUGAAUGAUGCGACCAACGUUGAAGUAACACCUUUAAGUCCAAAUUCUCUACUGGUCUCAUGGACUUGUUGUACAAAUAACAAAGCAGAUUACAUCAUUUCGUAUACUUCGGAUUUAUCAUUGCCAAAAGAAUAUUGGCACAAAUUGAAUGCAACCUGUCGAGACAGCUUUGGAAGAAAAAUUGAUGGCUUACCAUCCGGCACUUAUUCUGUUUGUGUUGAGACAUUACAACGGUACAUCAACAAAUCUGUUCCUUUUAAUACGGACGAAUGUGAAACUAUAAAAAUCGACAGUGAUACUACUGCGCCACCGGACCAAAAGUUACCGAAUAGCCAGUCGACAGUACAGUGUCAAUGUAUUUGUGCAAAUAAUGGAAAAGCCUUUGUAAAACCGACAUGUGGAACACUAAUGGAUUCGUUCCGUCCAGUGGCUACCCUUCCACCGGCUAUAGAUGGUGAAUGUCACUGUAGUAUACCCUCGAAAGGCGGACGAUGUCCUAGUGGAUACUUCUUUGAUCGUGGGCAGUGCUAUGACGUAGAUGAAUGUGAACAACAAAAUGGCGGCUGUUCGCAUGGCUGCGUGAACACUCCUGGGGACUUUUACUGUGCAUGUCCACAUGGCAUGAUGCGUGACCCAGCAGAUCUAAAAAUGUGUAUCAGUGUUGCGGGUAGUUUCGACCGGAUCGUAGCGUUGUUCGGUCAGUAUCUUCACGCAAACCAAUAUAAUGCAAAUGCUACCAGCAAUGAAAAAAGUGAUGCACAAACUGAUGGAAAAGUAGUGAGAUAUAAGGCAACAGUGAAAUCAGAAGAUGACAAAACGAUCUCAUUUGAAUGGUCAUUGAUGCCAGCAGUUGUACGAAAGGCCUUCAAAUGGCUAUUUUGA